AUGAAUGUCCCACUUAAAGAAUCAGCUAAUCAAGCACAAAUAGAAAAUGGUGUGUAUGAUUUUUCCAUGUCCCUAGUUCCUUUUGAGCCAAACAAACAAGAUGUGGUUAAUGAUUUUAAGGAUGAUUCGUAUUUCCCUGUACCAAAAGAAACUGAUAUAAUGCAAGAUAUUACAGUUGAUAUUAAUUGCCAGGAUCAUAGGGAAAUAUUAGAUGAUUUUGAGCCUUUUAAUAGUGAUGGAUAUCAGAAUAUGGGUGACUUUGAAAGAGAGGUUGAAGUUGAAAAAGAACAGGAUGAAGAAGACGAACAAGGGCAUGCAGAAGAUUCAAAAGAUGAUUCAGAAGAGCAUACAGAAGAAGAGGAUGAUUCUGACUACAUUGUUGACCCAGAAGCUAUUUUAGAUGACUGGGAGGUUGGAAGGCCCAAGAAAAAGAGGAAGAGGGCUAUAGAUGAGCCUACUAACCAGUCAACAAACCUAUCAAGGAAAUUCUUGACUGUUACUUGUUCCAAGUGUCAUAACAAAGGACAUAACUCUAGAACAUGUAAGAGGCAAGGGGGGUCAAGUCAAAGAGCAGUGAGUGGCUCAAGUCAAGGUGGUGUGGGUGGAUCAAGUCAAGGUGGUGUGGGUCGAUCAAGUAAAGAUGCAGUUGGUGUAACAAGUCAAGGUUCAGUGGGUGGAUCAAGUGAAGUUGUAGUGGAUGGGUUAAGAGCAAAGAAGAGGGACAAGGGAAAAAAGCCUCAAGUGCAGAAAGUAGGACCUAAAUGA